AUGCAGAGGAAAUUGAGGUGCUUGUUGGUGCUUAUGGCUCGUUGUAACGAGACAACAAUAGCUGAACACUACACAAAACAAUUAUACGAAAAGGGAGAUAGUCCGAAGCGUGGGAAACAGAGUCCAAAGGUUAGCGGGUUUCGUCGGAUUAGCGUCAGGAAUGUAAUGAAUGUCGAGGAUAGUGAAUGGCAGGUUACUGUCGGUGUUUUCAGAGUGUUUCGGAUAAAGAAAGGAUAUUUGCAGAAUUCAACCAAGAACUAUGAAUAUCUAAUGACCUCCUCCUACUUGGAGGUAGAAAGUGUUAGUGGUGUGAAAGCUGAUAACUGCACACCUAGUGGGGAUAGAUACGACAGGACAGGACAUAGGGAGAACAAGUGCGCAGGAAAAUAUCGGGUCCGAUGUGCGGGAAAUGUUGGGUCUGUCGGAUUAGCGUCGGGUUAG